AUGGCAACCGCCGGGAUGGAUGACAACGAGAACGACGGCAAUUGCUUCAUCCAAGCGCAGAAAUGUCGCCUGAGCUUAAUGCUCUAUCAGCAACGUGGCCUGCAGCAUGAGUGUGGCUGGCGCAGCACUUGGAAAGCACGCCCUCUCUUGCCUCCCCCAGUGAUGCCUUCGUGCGGGCUAAAGGAAACAGAGACUCUGCUGGCUGCUGCACCGCAAAUGCCGGACAUCGCUGGUACAUCACAGCUUGCUUGA